AUGGCUCCAUCCACUGCCAACCGUUCGUCGAUAUCUUCAGCAUCAACAGAGUCCAUCGGUGACACAGACGAUGUCCAAUCAAUACAUCAGUCUCUCAGUCGCAAUGCUGGCCUUGAAGAGCCUGGUGACAAAUCCAUGGCGCACAUUACGGUUACAACAACGAACAUGACCACAGAUCCAAGGUUCGAGCUUGACUUUGACGAAAAUGGCGAGAACCCUCAAGACUGGCCCAUGUGGAGAAAAGCACUCGUCAUUUUCUUCAUGAGCUACUCAACGCUCGUCGUAGUCAUGUAUUCGACAAGCUACACCAGCGGUAUCCCCGGCAUGAUGGCCACCUUUGGCAUCAAGUCGAAGACCCUCGUGGUUCUGGGCAUCACCACGUACCUGGCCGGACUGGCUGUUGGAUCGCUCCUUCUGGCGCCUCUGAGUGAGAUGUACGGCCGCAGACCAGUCUACCUCAUCGCUGUGGCCAUGUUCACGGUCUUGAUCAUACCUUGCGCGCUGUCCAACAGCCUCGCCCAAAUCCUCGUAAUGCGCUUCUUUGGCGCAAUCGCCGGCGCAGCCAUGAUCUCGAAUGCCCCAGGAACUGUGUCCGACAUUGUUAGCGACGACUACCGCGCCCUCGCCUUCUCUAUAUGGUCCAUUGGCCCCAUGAACGGCCCGGUCGUGGGGCCCCUCGUCGGUGGCUUCGUCUUCCAAGCCCUCGGCUGGCGGUGGACGAACUGGGUCGUCAUGAUCGGCUCGGGCACGUCAUGGUUCAUGGUGUUCUUGAUCCCAGAGACCUACGCCCCAGCCAUCCUUCGCGCGAAAUCCGCCAAGAAGCGCAAAGAAGACGACGAUUUAAGAUGGCACUCGCGCUACGACGACAAGAAGUCCUUCCUGCCCAUGCUGCGCGAGAACCUGUACCGGCCCCUCUCUAUGGCGGUUAACGAGCCCAUCUGCAUCUUCUGGAACGUCUACAUAGCGCUCGUCUACGGCGUCCUGUACCUGUGCUUCGUCUCGUAUCCCAUCGUUUUCUCUGAGCUGCGUGGCUGGUCGCCUGGUAUGACGGGGCUGUCGUACCUCGGAAUCGGUGUCGGCGGUAUGUGCACGAUUCUCAGCGAACCUUUACUGCGCAAGAUGAUCAAUGCGCAUCCCAAGGACCCCGAGACAGGCAAGCCGUACCCAGAGGCGAUGGUCAGUGUGGUGUGUCUCGCUGCUGUCUCGGUGCCGGUCGGGGAAAUGAUCUUCGCCUGGACAUGUACACCGAACGUACAUUGGAUAGCCCCUCUCCUGGCCGGAAUUCCGUUCGGUGCUGGCAACUGCGGCGUGUUCAUCUACGCGUCGAACUAUCUCGUCCACUCGUAUGGCAUCUAUGCCGCCUCGGCGCUGGCCGGCAAUGCAGUGCUGAGGAGCAUCAUGGGCGGCGCGCUACCCCUCGCAGGGCCAAAGAUGUACGCCACCCUCGGCCCGCACUGGUCGGCAACAAUGCUCUCCCUGAUCGAAUUCGCGCUGAUCCCCAUCCCCCUUGUCUUCUACCGCUACGGGCACAAGAUCCGCGAGAAGAGCGCUCUAAUCCGGCAGAUGCGCGAAGACCGCGACAAGCUGGACAGCAAAAAGCGUCGCGCAGCGGAGAAGAUGGCGCGGCGGGGGGCGGACGAGGGCGCGAAGGAGAUGCACGCCUAG